GUGUGUUGCACCCGGAGCGCUGAGCCGGUGCGCUGCUGGACACGUGGUUUGCUAAUGGCGCUGCCCAGCAGCCGCGUGUGAGGAAGGGAGAGACCGGAGUUUCGGGAUGGGGAAGCGCAGCCGGACUAAAAACCAGAAGAAAGCUCGGGCAAAUGCAAUUCACCUUGCACAGGAGGAGUAUGCCAACGUCCCUCAUUCCUUCGUGUUCAACCGAGGUCAGGUUGGACAUAAUGUGCUGCAGUUGAUCAGGGAUAUGAGGCGGAUGAUGGAGCCUUACACUGCCCGCUCGCUGACGGUACGGAAGAAGAAUUUGCUGAAAGAUUUUGUCUCGGUGGCCGGACCGCUUGGGGUGACGCACUUCUUAAUUUUUACAAAAUCGCCAGCAAGCGUAAACCUUAAACUGGCUCGCUUACCAAGAGGUCCCACGCUGACGUUCAGAGUUUGCCAGUACUCUUUGGUGAAGGAUAUUGUGUCGUCACUGAAGAGGCACCGGAUGCAUGAGAGCCAGUUUACCCACCACCCUCUGCUGGUGCUGAACAACUUUGGAAAGGAUGGCAUGCACAUCAAACUCAUGGCCACCAUGUUCCAGAACCUAUUCCCGGCAAUAAAUGUCUACAAGGUUGGCCUAAAUACCAUCAAGCGCUGUGUCCUGAUAAACUAUGACCCCACCACACAGCUGAUUGAAGUCCGGCACUAUUCCAUCAAGGUGGUUCCUGUUGGGAUGAGCAGGGGUAUAAAGAAGCUGCUGCAGGAAAAGUUCCCCAACAUGAGCAAGUUUGAAGACAUCAGUGAUCUGCUGAUGAAAGGAGCCAAUCUGUCCGAAAGUGAAGCUGAGCAGGACGGAGAGCACAACAUAACCGAGUUACCGCAGCCUUACGCAGGCCGGGGGAACAUCAAAGCUCAGCAGAGCGCGAUUCGGCUCACAGAGAUUGGUCCCCGCUUAACCCUGGAGUUGGUGAAGAUUGAGGAGGGGAUGUGCGGUGGAGAAGUGAUGUACCAUUCAUUUGUUGAAAAGUCAGAGGAGGAAAUCCAGCAGCUGCUUCAACAUAAAGAGAAGCGACAGAAACUGAAGGAGGAGAGAAAGAAAAAACAAGAGGAAAACAUUCGGCUCAAGAAGAAGGAGCGCGAGCUGCACAAGAAGAAGAGUCUGGAAGGAAUUAGGAGGAAGGAGCUUCAAGUAGGUGAGGCUGAAGGAGACAGUGAGGUUGAAGACCCAGGUACAGGGGAGAACCAGGGUCAAAGCGAUGAGUCUGAGGAAGAAUCGGACCGGGAGCAUUACAGACAAGAAGUUGGAGUUGAGCCAGAUGAUGAUCUGUUCCCAGGAGCUUCGAGCAGGAAAAGGAAGAGAGACAGGUCGUCUCAGUCAUUCAAGAAAGUCAAGAGGUCAAAGGGCCCGGGAGAAGUUCCCAGCAAGCAGCACACGAAGUCAGAACCUGGAGGAAAUAGCAGAAGGAAGAAUUUUCAGGGGAGGAAAUCUCGGCUUCUGGGAACUUUGCUGGGUAAAUCCAGGUUCAAGAGUUCAUUGCUCAGGAGUAAAAUCACACUCAAGGGCAAAAGUCGCCAACAUACAGACUCCAAGGCCAAAAGCCAUCACGGAAGUUCCAAGACCAAGGGUCAGCAUCCAGGCUCCAAGACCAAGGGUCAACGUCCGGGCUCCAAGGUCAAGGUUCAACGUCCAGAUUCCAAAGGCAGAGGUUACUCUCAUAAAAAGUCCAAAAUAAAGUCGGGAAGCAACACAGUCCGCAGCCAGGGCAGCUGCUACAAUAUCCCAACCAGUUCCUUUGACACCUCGAUCGACUCCGCUGCCAACACCUGUCCAGUUACACUGAUCAAUGAGCAGCUCAUGGAUGGAGUAGCCCUGCAGUGCCCAAAGAUCUUGGAGCAGAAUUGUCCUUGGAUUGUAAAGAACUACAAAGAGAAAAGCACCUUUGGAACAAGGGGGAGCUGGCCCAUGGAAGGACAGAAGAACAGGUUCAAUGCUUCCCACGCUGACAUCCAGAGGUCGAUUUUGCCUCCGUUUUUUGGGGUGGAGUUUGUCCUGGCCUUCAUUGGGAAUUCCCUGGCGAUCGGCCUGUUCCUGAGGCAGAGGAGGACUUGGCAUUCAGGCAUCAUCUACGCCUUCAGUCUGGCCGUGAACGACCUACUCUACGUCGUCACUCUGCCCCUGCUGGUCGCGUAUUACUCCAUGGGCAAGCACUGGGUGUUCGGGGAGGGCCUGUGCAAAAUCGAGCGAUUCCUCUUCACCUGCAACCUGUAUGGGAGCGCCCUGUUCAUCACCUGCAUCAGCCUCAACCGUUACAUGGGCAUCGUGCACCCCAUGUUCACCCAUAACCACCUGGAGCUAAAGCACGCCAAGAUCGUGAGCCUGGUGGUCUGCCUCAUCGCCUGCACCAUAACCUCACCCACGCUUGUGUACUCCGAGGUGAAGGCGAAGGGGAACAAGUCCGAGUGCCUGGGCUCUGCCAGCGACGAGGCUUUGCCGAGUUACUUCUCCUACAGCCUGUCCCUGGCUGUUCUCGGCUGCAUCAUCCCCUUCCUUGUCACCUUUGUCUCCUACCUCUCCAUCUUCAAAGUGGUGCUUCGCAGCCAGAGCGUAGACAAGCUGCAACGCAGGAAGGUGGGCCUGCUGGUCUGCACGGUCAUCGUGCUCUAUGCCGUGAGCUUCAUUCCUUACGUGGUCUUGCGCAACUCCAACCUUUACCGGCGCCUGCAUAAGCUGGACAAGGGGAGGCCCAGCCCCAUCUACAAGGCCUACCAGCUGAGCAAGGGCCUGGUCUCCCUCAACAGCUGCAUUCACCCGCUGCUGUACGCCUCCCAGUUGGACAGCCUGAGGGAGAUGUGCAUGGGCUGUGGGAGACAGAGAGUCAGCACACAGGAGACACCGGAGCUUUGACCCCCCCCCCGGAACAAUCUUCCGCAGUGUCAGCUGCCACAGUUUGUUGCCUUGUCCUUCCUUCGCUGUCGCUGGUGUUUAUGGAACAGAAUCAGGGAUCUAUGGGUUGGCGGGGGCUGGUUGGCCCACUGGUUGAAAGCAGGCCUCCUAGACCUAAUCUCCUGAGACUCCGGAGGUAGGUUCUUGACCUGAAACCUCCACUACCCCUCUGCCCCCACAGAUGCUGCGUUCUUUCAGUGCUUUGCUGCAGAUUCUGAAAUCUGUCGUCUCUGGUGUCCGCGGACUAGACCCACUCCUGGAGCUGAUUGCAGUGAGGGGACGGGCCACUGUGACCGGCUUGGCUGGAGCCGGCGUGGACGAGAAUGGGUUCCCUCCGGGCUGUAACUAUCCUGCAACCUCUACAGGCAGAGGAGAGUGAAGGCCAUCCCCUGGACAUGGGGGUGGCGGCCACGUCCUGAACUAACAGAGGCUAAGAGAAAAACCCAGCUAAUCCGGCAUUGGCAAAGCCCACGACAAGAGAUUCUGCAGAUGCUGGAGAUCUUGAGCAAUGCGCACAGAACGCUGGGGGGACUCAGCAGGUCAGUCAGCAUCUACGGAGAGAAAUAAAUAGACCUGAUUUCGGGCGGAGAGAGUGCUGCUAUUUUUCCUCUCCACUCCUCCAUCUGCUUAUCAUCCCUCCUCAUUUAGAUCCGCCUUGCUACCUCUUGCUCCACUUCACCCCAUCUCCUCUUUACACUGACUAUCCCCUCCCCACCCCAGCCCCCGGAAUAUAAAACGCCGGUGAUAUCCAACCUGAUUCUGAUUCUCUACUCUCGGCCCGCAUUAGCGACUGUUUAUUCCCCUCCAUAGGUGCUGGCUGACUCGCAGAUUCCCUCUGGCGUUGUGAGCGUGCCGGGAAACGCAGGCAGUCUGACGCCUGGCUCACUUGUUGAUCUGGAACGAGAUCCGUGGGCCCGGAGUCCAACGAAGCCGGGACACCCAGGGUCAUGGACAGGAGUGACGCCAGGAUAUGUUUAUGUAUUCCCUGUAUCCUUUAAACACACUUUUACGACUAUGUAACCUGCUUUUUUAAAAAGUGAAAUAAAAACGUUUGCAUUUUAUAAAAUUAUGUGAAGUACGGAGAGAGUAAAUGGUCAGUCAUCUCCACAGGGUGCAAGUAUUGCGUCACUAGUUAGGAUACAGGAGCAUAAGACAUAGGAGCAGAUUUAGGCCACCCGACCCAUCAUGUCUGCUCCAUCGUGACUGAUUUAUUACACUCAACAGCAACAAUUUUACUUCCUGAAUACCUUCGGGCAUACCUUAUGGAUUUUGGGCUGCAAAUCGUGAAAAUCACUAAGAAAUUUCCCUUUUACACACCGUUUUCUUGAAAUUGCCUAUAUUUCUUAUUUCAAUUUGUAGGUCAAAUCAAUUAGAAUGUUGCCUACAAUAUAAGCUGAAACGUUUUCUGCCUUGUCCAGGCGUGCUUAGCCGGGGCGGAUGCUGCAUGACAGGACAGGAUUUAUAAAGCCACACACACACACACCACUUUAAGCAUUGCUUUUACAAUUGUAUCCGCUUGUGAUCAUAUUGAUACACAUGCUCUUCGUGCAUGGCAUAUUGUGUGUACUCAUUAUAAAGUAAUUGUGUUUUCAGGAGUAUUUGUGAUACCAAAAUGUCUCACCAAUGCUGUAAUAGCCAUGAUACUUCCUGUUAUAUUUGUGGCAAGUAUAUGCUUAAAUCUCAAAGAUGGAGCAUGAUUCCUCUUAUUAAGAAGGCACGGGAGCUCUGCUUUGGGUGUAAAGCUGGAGACCAAGACAAAGCCUAGGCUGCUUACAUUUGUUGUGCAACAUGUGCUGUCGAUCUUAGAGCUUGGCUCAGAGGUUCUCGGAAAUCAAUGCCGUUCCCUGCCCCAAUGAUUUGGCAAAAGCAAAAGGAUCAUGUGACAGACUGCUACUUCUGUCUGACCAGUGUGUCUGGUUUCUCUGCUAAAAACAAGAAAUCUUUCUCAUGAACCUCCUCGGGAACCCUCUCCAACACCAACAUAUCUUUUCUUAGAUUAGGGUAUUGUAGCGAUUACUUAAAAAUAAACCAAAACCAUUGAGAAACUGAGUAGAGAAGUUGACACUGUAUGACACACUCCUUCUCUGUCAUCUGUCCCUGUCCCUGUCCCACACCCCUCCCGCGGUGCUCCACUGUCGCCAUUCCCAACAUCCUUACAAAUUCCACGUUUACAAACUCACUCUCCGUUCCACUUUGACAUAUACAAGUCUAUACAAAAGUCUCUGUCUCUUUCUCUAUCUCUAUCUCUGUAUCUAUUAUCUCUAUAUAUCUGCCUCUCUAUUUCUAUAAUAUCUCUAUAUAAUCUCUCUCUCUCCCUAUAUAUAACAAAGAGAGUCUGGGAGAACAGGAAACUGACGACGCACACCAAAGUUGCAGUCUACAGGGCCUGCAUCCUCAGCACACUGCUUUACGGCAGCGAGACCUGGAGCCUCUACUACAGACAAGAGCGUCGUCUCAACGCCUUCCACCUUCGCAGCCUGAGACGCAUCCUGGACGUCACGUGGACUGACCGACUCACCAACAAUGAGGUCCUGGCCCACGCCCAGAUCCCCAGCCUCUUCACCCUGCUCCAACAACGCCGUCUCCGCUGGCUGGGCCACAUACACCGCAUGUCAGACGGGAGGAUCCCGAAAGACCUGCUGUACGGGGAACUGGCCUCCGGCAAGAGAGCACAAGGGCGGCCCCAUCUUCGUUUCAAAGAUGUUUGCAAGAGAGACAUGAAGUCACUGAAAAUGAAGGUCGAGAGGUGGGAGGACAUGGCAAGCGAUCGCUCUCACUGGAGGCUGGAACUGCGCAGAGGUCUAAAAAGAGGAGAAGAGAAGCUGAGGCUUGCUGCUGAAGAAAAGGGCACUCAUCGGAAAAACAGCAGCAAGACAACACUGGAGGACAGCGCCUUCAAGCGCAGUCACUGUGGCUGAGACUGUCACUCCCGUGUGGGCCUCUACAGCCACGACAGACGCUGCUCUAACACAGACUGAAGUGAGACUUUCCAGGCGCAGAUCCAUGGUCUCGCGAGACUAACAGAUGCCACCAAGACUUUUGCACAGAACUGUAUAACGUAAAAAGACCCAAACCUAACCCCUGCAGAACACCACUUGUCACUAGAAGCCAACUAGAAUAGGCCCCCUUUGUUCUGAAUCAUUGCCUCCUGCCAGUCAGCCAAUUUUCUAUCCAUGCUAGUAUCUGUCCUGAAUUGUUAUGGGCUUUUAUCUCGUCCAGCGGCCUUAUGUGCGGUGCCUUGUCAAAGGCCUUAUGAAAAUCCAAAUUAACAAUAUCCACUGAUUCUCCUUUAUGUAUCCUGUCAAUAUUUCUGUGGUAAUCCGUGUAUAUAUGUUGUAACUGGGUUACCUGUCUGGACAUGCCCCCCCCCGCUGACUGCUCCUGUGGCUCCUCCCACAGACCGCUGAAUAAAGGUGAUUGUGUCACUGCUCCUCCCUCAGUCCAGGACAGAUAUUCAGCAUGGACGUGAAUCCAUUUUACUGUUAAUAAAAGCCUUUCAGUAUUUACUCUACUUCCAGUCUUUUGGAGUAAUUGAUAGUGCAACAAUUUUAUUAACAGUAAUUUUAAGACAUGGAACACGUUCUGAGACCCGACAAGUUAGACCUCGACCCGCAAACUCCUGAAGCCGGAAACGCUUUCGAACUCUGGCUGGCCUGCUUCGAAUCAUAUGUG